UUUAAUAAUAUUUAUAUGUUAAUAUUUAAAAGAAAACAAGAUGCUAACAUAAUUUUUCUUUUUUCUUCCUCUCAUCAUUGUGCUCCAAAAACAGUGGCCAAGGCCAAAUCUAAGUAUGUCCUUGUGAGGAUGGUGAGUGCAGCAGGGACGGGCUACAGUUACAACAUCAAGAAAGCUCGACUACAGGAGAAAUUGGUCCUGCUAAAAUAUGAUCCCAUUGUGAACAAACGUGUUCUCUUCAUAGAGAAGAAAAAACUGCGAUCCAUCUGAACGACAACUUGUAUAUGGACUUGAUUUAUACAUGAGUUGGACUCUUGAGAGGGGAAUGCUGCUUCUGAAACUCUGCAGUGUGAGCUAAAAACAGAGGAAAUGGACUCUAUCAAUGCCUCCUGUGAUUUGAAGGCCAUGGUGAAUGAGAACAAUGUACAGAGAGAAAAUUCUUAGUGUCUGGACAUAGAUCAUCGCAUCAACAUUUAUUUAUCCUUUGAUUUAUUCUUACAGUCCCCAAUUAAAAAAAACAUUAAAAUAA